GGUGGAUUAACCCCCCAGUGUGGGAGGGUUACAGGGUGGAUUAACCCCCAGUGUGGGAGGGUUAAAGGUUGGAUUGACCCCAGUGUGGGUGUUCACCAGAGGGAAUGUUGCAUAAAGAGGAAGUUGCAGUCAUGCAGGAAGUGGGAUGGCAUGUGGCUGUGACUAAAAGCUCAUGGUGGGGGGGUGAGCCUUUCCUCCCAGCCCUUCAUAAGAGAGAAUGAACUGCCAUGAAACAGCUGGCGGAGCUACUGGUUACAUGGUUAGGUAAGGGUUAGGAUUAGGGUUAGGGUUCGCAGAAGGUUGGGGUUAGUUCAUUAUAUGAAAGUAUAAUAUAAUUCAGAAUUUUGGUGAAAAAAGAUUUUGAGAUCUGUGGGACCUUUCCUCGUGGCUGAAAGUGUUUCUGAUAAUAAAUGUGACCAUGCUCUCCCCACCCACUAUUUACCCCCCAGUGAGGCUGUCUGUUCCUGAGGAUCAUUACAUCAUCCUGAUCUGCCCCGGCCACGCCCCCACAGACCCCGCCCCACUGGAGUGGAGGCGCAGGGAUGGGCAGGUCGUGGCCACCAAGCGCGGGCAUUUGGCCACCAGCGCCGACGUCGACAAGUACAGCCUCCUCACGGACGGGUCGCUCUACGUUAAAAACCUCCGGCCGGGAGAUUCCGGAGAGUUCCGCUGCGGUGGCCGGGCGGCGGCCGAUGUGGAGGUCCUCACGGGCCAAGACUACAUUGUCAGUGCCGGCAGAACAGUGCAGCUUCCCUGCAGAGUCACGAGCAAACAGACACAGAAGUGGACCUUCAGGAAAAGCAAGCAUUCAGAACGCCGCGUCAUCCUCACCAAGUACAGGAACGGGACCCUGAGGAGAGGAGCCCAGGACCCGCAGAGCCGCUUCACACACACCGACGACAACGCGCUCCACAUAUCCCUCCUCCGGCCCAGCGACACCGGGGAGUACUGGUGCAACGGCAAGCGGGCGGCCAUUUUAGCCGUGAGGGCAGUACAGCACCAGAAACUCCUCGGACCAAUUACAUCCUCCUGUAAUGAAGAAGCAGAGAGGUCCGGAGGAAUGCAGGAGUUGAGUAUCUGGUGCAUGUAA